AUGGCUACAGCUUUGUGGGGAUUCAUGACCUACGGGAUUCUCGGCACUGGCAUGGGCGUCACGGGUCUCAUGCUUUCCGGCUAUGCGACCCUCGAACGGCUAGGCUUUAAAGUCGCAUCCAACAAAGUCACUUUCGGACUAGACCAUGACUCACAGAAAGCAGGCGCGGUUGCCGGCAAAGGCCUCCCUCUACCCGCCAUCAUUAUCACCGUCGCCGUGGUCUUAAUGAUGUCCGAGUACAGCAGUCUCCAAAACCUCCGCAAUGAAAGACUCAUGACCAAAUCUACGCUCCACGCCAAUGUGGUUCGCCACCAACGAAACUGGUGGCUGUGCCUCUUGAGCGCUGUCGUUUGGAC